UUCUGCAUUUUUUAUGCAACAGAGAGAAGAGAGAAGGCCUAGGUGAGCGGUUUCUGAUUGAAUUUUGAACCAAAAAUGUGGAAGCUGAAGAUUGGAGAGGGCGUGGACGGUCCCUACCUCUACAGCACAAACAACUACGUAGGGAGACAGACGUGGGAAUUCGAUCCCGACGCCGGUACCCCUGAAGAAAGAGCCCAGGUGGAAGAAGUUCGCCAGAAUUUCUACAGGAACCACCGCCAGGUUAAGCCUUGUGGCGACUUCCCCUGGCGAAUGCAGACUACGACGAGAUUAGGAUUCAAGCUCACCAUUGCAUAUUGGGGCAUGGGCUCAUCGCUGACAAGAUUUAGGUUUCCUGCUUCAAUGGAUAACCCAAAUCUGGCCCAACAACCACCUGGAGGGACCUGGUUUAUGGAUGAGCUCACCACGGCCAUAAGCUUUUUUAGCACCUCAUGGGUUUUAUGCGAACUCAGCCUCAAUCUCAAUGAGCUGAGGCAGAAUCGCGGUGUCUUGAAGCAGGCACAUGUGUCCAACGAUUUUUAUUUGCUAGAGUCCAUUACGCCAGAAAGUAGCACCAGUUCAAGCACGGUUAAGGGGUCCAGUAAUCACCAUUCUUCUUCUUCUUAUAAAAGUCUGUCUUCUGAAGCAACACCUAGUGAUGAUGAGGGUUCGAGGGUAGGAAAUGGCAUUCCAACCAUGACCAAUAUGGAAGAGAGUGAACCAAUAAUGGGUGUGUGGGAGAAUAAGCCCCUUGUUGGGAAAUUAGAUAAUAUUCGUAAGGCAUCACAAGAUUUUUCAAUCGAAAUUAGUUUCACGGUGGUGCUUCAUCAUGACGUGGUGGACAAUGCGGCCAUCAAUAAGGUCGCAAGAUGGAAGAGGCUGUUCAUUUUUGUUCGCGAUGCACGAAUGAAAAGGGUGAAUAAUGAGCUCGUUGCUCACAUGUCUGAGUGGCGGACAGCCCAAACAUAUAUGAAUUAUCCCACACUAGUGCCAAGUGAUGUGGAUCUAAAGAACGCAUUGCUAGAUUACGUUGAGGAUGAGGGAUUGGUGGAUUUUAAGGCCUUGGUUACCCUUAAGCAGUUAGCGGCGUUUGGGUUUGUAGAUAUUGCAAACCUAUAUGUCGAAGGAGAAAUGAAUAGCAUGUUGGAAAGGCAGCAUGAACAAGCACAGAGGUCUAGAGGUUGGCGGGCAAAAUCUAGCUUGCACAUGCACAACUGCUUCCUCCCUCGGAUUCAUGUUGAUGCCAAAGAGAAGAGGUGGAUGCUGAUGACAACAUGCUGCCUCUUGUGCGACGUUGAACGAGCUCUGGGAUCCAUUCAACCCUUGUACGUUUGUCUGAGAUCCCUCCAACUGCGUCAAUUGGUGGAACUGAAGCUAGGGAUGCAUAGCUUCGUGCCUCUUGUUUAUAGGCAAAAGGUCAAAAGUUACGUGCAAGAGAAUGGGGGUAGGGUUGCAAUGCUUAAGCUGAUGGAUGCCACUUGGGGGCAGACACGUGAGUUGGCCGAGAAAUGCAAACGCAUGUUUGUAGAAAAGGCCAGCCUAGAGGAUGAGGUUAAUAACCUUCAGAGCUCAGUGAUGGCCAACAGAGUUGCUGCAAUUGAAAGCCAAGCAAAUGGGUUGAAUAACUAGCUACUCGAGUUAAGAGAACAGCUUUAAAGAGCUCAGGCAGAGAAGGAGAAUGGCAUCCUAGCUGUUAAAGAGGAUGUGUAGCAAGUUGAGGAAUGUGCAAAGAAAGUAGUGGUUGAACG